CUUCAGUGGAAGAAGCGUUCUCGGGUUAACGAGUCUCGCCACUCUCGAAAAUCUGUAGAAUCCGUUUUCGUUGUUUAAAGUUUAAACUUUCUCUGUGGAUUAAACAGUUUUCGGUGUAAAAGUUUCAUAAAAUUUAUCGUUUUAAAGCGAAUUUUCAUAGAAUAAAUCAAACUGGUUUUCGUUUAAAAAUAGAAAUAGUUACUCGUAUUUAAGAUGUUGAAAUUUCAACAUAAAAAGGUUAAAAAAUUACAACAAAUACUUGACACAUUAGAUGUCUUUGAAAAACCAAAUGUUGCUUUGGAACAAUAUCCAACUCCUCCUCAUAUAGCUGCUCAUAUGUUACAUAUUAUGUCCGAAAAUACAGGGGAGGUAGAAGACAGGAUGGUGGCUGAUCUCGGCUGUGGCUGUGGCACUUUGACUAUUGCAGCUGCCAUUUGUGGGGCAUCAAUGUGCGUUGGGUUCGACAUUGAUCCAAAUGCAUUGGAAAUUGCUCAAAGGAACAAAGAAGACAUGGAGCUGAAAAAUAUUGAUUUCAUUCUGUGUGAUGUCCAAGAUUUAAGUGUAUCCAAGUGGCAAAAAACAUUUGACACUGUCAUUUUAAAUCCUCCAUUUGGAACUAAACAUAACAAAGGCAUUGAUAUAAUGUUUCUACAGACAGCUCUAAGACUUGCUCGGCAUACUGUAUAUAGCUUACAUAAAAGUACUACUAUAGAAUAUAUUGGAAGGAAAGCAAAGCAAUGGAAUGUAAAAAUGGAACCACUUUAUGAAAUGGUAUUUAAUAUCAGUAAAUCAAGAACUACACAUAAAAAAGAAUCUCAAGACAUUCCAGUUCAUCUUAUUCGAUUUACAUUUCCAAGUGUAAUUAAAAAAAGUUAACAUAAAA